AGGGCCUGUCGGGGGGUAACCAGCGAGUGGCGGAGGGAGACGUGGCUUGAGCGUCCCGCGGCUUUGCGCCCUAGGCCUAUCUGAACCUCCGUGAGGGAAGGGCUGCUCGCCUGCUUUAUUUUUUCCGUGUCCGACGCGAGACGCGCGCCUUGCAGUUUUAGGGAGUUGCAAACUCUGACGGGAAGUUAGUGGGCAUUGACGGCGGAAAUAGUAGGGUUUUCUGGAAGUAAACUGACAGGCCCAAGAGAUUAAGGCGAGCGCUGCGCGAAGGAGUGACGGCGGCGGCGGCUUCUGUAGGUAAAAAAACAAGAUGGCGGAAGGUGGCCGGCCACAGAGGAAGAUGUCUCGGGCUGGGGAGAGUUUAUAUCACAUCCUGGGCUUGGAAAAGGGUGCUUCCUCAGAAGACAUCAAGAAAGCAUACAGGAAACUGGCAUUAAAAUAUCACCCAGAUAAGAAUCCUGAUAAUCCUGAAGCAGCAGAGAAGUUCAAGGAGAUCAACAAUGCCAAUGUAAUUCUCAGUGAUGAGAACAAGCGGCGUCUCUAUGAUGAAUAUGGCUCCAUGGGACUCUAUGUGUCUGAGCAGUUUGGGGAGGAAAGUGUGAAGUAUUAUUUCCUCAUGUCCAAGUGGUGGUUCAAGGCACUGGCGGCAUGCUGUGGCAUCUUUACUUGUUGCUGUUGCUGCUGCUGCUGCUGCUUCUGUUGUGGGAAAUGCCGCCCACCUGAAGAUGAUGAAUCCUACAAGUAUGUCAAUCCUGAAGACUUGGAGGCCCAGAUCCGUGCAGAGGAUGGUGGUGAUGCCAUCCGAAUGCAGCCCACAGCAAAUGCAGCAUUACAUACUACAGAUGAGAAUCAGUCCCGCAAGCCAUGACCUCGUAAGCAGGGCAAGAUCACUGGUGCGGGGUGGGAAAGUCAUGGGGAAGCUGCAGGUGGCUCUUGCAACUGGUGACUGGAUUCAGAAGAGUGUAAAAGAAGCUUUGAGCUACUCGGGUUUGUGGCCCUUUUCCUCACCAUCUGCUGCUGUGUAGCUGUCCCUUGAGCGGAACCCCCUCUCUUUUCUGAAAUGUAAUUCACCCUUGGCUAGAUCCAGGAUCUUUUCACACCAAGGAUGAGGUUUUUCUAGAAUAUUACUCAUCUGUGAAAGGGCUGGUGGGUUAAAUCUGCUAUGGAAUAGGAUGAUACUGCUUUCUGUACUAAUGCUGCAAGGAUGUACACUCAGAAACUUACUAAUGACUGGGCUUGUUGAAUACACAAGCCUUGAGUUAGGGAACAAAUCCCUUGCCAAGCAAAGGGCAUGUGGAUAGACUGAGUUGGCUAGUUGUUGCCCAGUUCACAAAGUGAUAGUUACAGUGCCUGAGAUUUAUCUGCAUGAAUGAUGCAGCUGACUCUGCACAUGGAGAUGGGUGAAGAAGAAGACUGGGGAGCCAUGGACCAAGAAUGACUGCAGCAGAUGUGGUUAUUCCUCUUAGUAACGAUAUUGAUGUCUGCUUGGAUGGGAAUGCUGCUCUGGAUGAGUCUCUAAUGCUAAGGCCACUCUUAACAACUGUCUUAUUUUAUAUGUCCAUAGUUGUUUUGGCUCUCUCUUAGUUUCUUUUCUUCUACUUUGGUGACUGGUCAACUUGUUAGCACUGGAAGACACUAUUCAGAAGAAGGAGAGGCAUUUUCCAGAUCAUGAAUGCUGUGCACAGACCAACAGCAGACAUUUCCUGAGCCCAAUACAUUUUCUGCCCAUGGUCUUCCAUUCUAGUAGACAAGCUUGCUAUAAAGCUUUAUGUCUUACGCCUUCCUUUCUAACCUCACUUUCUCUUCCCUCCAUCAGAGUUUAGUUUCCAGUCACAGCGCAGUCCCUACUUCCAGCAACCAUUCCAGACACACCCUGCCCAGGCCUGAAUUACCAAUCAUUUGGACUCUGGACAAAGAGCUCCCUCUCCGAUUGCGACACUGUGCAGUUUCUUCUCUGGUGAGGGUGCCUGAACGCCUGCUUCAGAGUCAUAAAUCUCAGGGAACAUGGCCACGGGCAUACUCAGACCUUGCAAGGGGCUGGUUUGAAGGAAGGAGAGAGACUUUAGCUCAGCCUCUUUGGGCCCAAGGAACAGCUUCCCCUUCUCCAACAGCAGAGCAGUUCUUUGUUUAGCCUGUCUUCCCACAGCAGUGGAGGAAAAGAAGAUGGAUGAAUGUUGCCAAUCAGCAGUCUUUGUCCCCAGUCGUUGUUAUUCCCUCCAUCCUUGGCAUCUUGUUUUUGAAGCCAGCCAUUGUAUCCUUGUCAAAACCCAACUUGAGGAGGGGAUAUUGGACUCCCCACCUCCAGUGCCAGGGAGGCAAACUGCCCUGCUAGGGCUGUCCCCUGGCAACUGGGACUGCCGUUUCUGACCUAUGCAUUGGUGCCAAGCUGCAUUUCAGGGUGUAGUGUGAAGUAUGGUAGGAUUUGGAGUGCCUGCCUGGUAAGUUGGGGGGGUUGCCCAUCAUCUCCCAUGAUGAAUUGCUGCUCCAGGGAGCUUUAGUUGCUGUGUAGCAUCCUGCCUCUUGAGCUGCCCUGAAUCCUUUUCUGUGGGGCAGUGCUGGACAAGGGCAUUUUUCACACUGUGAUAAAAAAAUGGUUAGGAUUUUAUCAGCACAAUUAAAUAUUUCUGAAGGAAAGAGUUGCUUUUCUGUUGUUCAUAUUUCCUUAGGAAGUAUUCAUUUGGUCCUGGGAAUAUUGGGGUAGGUACUUUGCAGGCAAUCUCUGCUUGGCCUUUCAAGGGCGUCUCAGUUUUCCUCAGAUGCUGGAAUUUUUAGUUGACCAGGGCAAAGUAACAACUUAUUACUACUUUUUAUAUAUUUGUGGACUGGAUUAUGCUAUUUAAGGAUCCAUAGCUGGCCUUGCAACCAUACCCAACAAUGAGGGUUGAAUUCGUACAUCAACUUGGAAGGGAUUGUAAGUGAAGUACUUCAGAGUUUUGUCUUAGAUCUAUCCUAUUCAAUAUUUUUAUAAAUAACUCUAGGCCCUAAAGGGGAAUAAAAGUUGGGAGUGAUAACAAACACAUAGAAAACAGAAUCAAUAUUUAAAGCCAUCUUAGCUAUCAAGAGCACUAAAUCAAAUCAACAAGAAAUACAUAGAGAUAGAUAGAAAUAGAUAUAAGUAUGGUGGUGGGAAGAAAUGGUCACAAGCUUCUAUGCUAUAAGAUCAGGAAAUGAUACUAUAGAAAUUAUUUGAUUUUUUGCUUUUUGAUCUUUUAUCAUCAGAAAGGCAGCACAGGUUGUGAGAACCCUUUCUCUCAUAUACACAGUGGGUUUAAGUAAGGUGCCCACAAAAGAUAGGUAGUAGCAGCGGGGACCAGCAUGUGUGAAGCAGUACCAGUGUGUGAAGACUCAGGCUUCUGAGGGGAAGUUUGACUUUUCAGUUUUUAAAGGGCUGUCACGUAGGCAAUGGAGCUAAUUUUGUUUUGUUGCCCCAAAGAAUGUAUCUGAAUGUUAGAACUUCUUAACCAUACGAGCUAUUUGACAACAGAACAGAAGCAGAGGCUGAAUUAUCGUCAAGAGGACUGUAACAAAUGAGUACCUGUAUAAGCAGGAAUGAACCUUUUGAAGUUGUAUGCUUUUGUAAUUUAAUUACAAAAGUGUCCUGUUCUAGGACUUAACGUGCUUGACCCAGCCUUGCCUAAAAACUGCAUAAAGUC